GAGCUCAGGACGGAACUGUGUCCGGCGGCGUUUCCCCCCGGACGCUUUUUGCGGUUGCACACGGAUGGAGCGAGGCGGUGCGGCUGCUUGGCGAUAAGCUGUUUUUAUCAAGAGUUGUUCAGGAGACAUGCAGCGUCCUCCUGCCGUGGUGGAAGAUCUGCAGCGCUUCGUUGUGAGCGAAGCUCCUCAAACCGUCUAUUACGUCCCCGACUUCAUCUCCCCGGAGGAGGAGUCCUACCUCCUGCAGCAGGUUUACAGGGCCCCCAGAACCAAGUGGACCCAGCUGUCGGGCCGCCGGCUCCAGAACUGGGGCGGGGUCCCGCAUCCCAGAGGCAUGCUGGGAGAGGAGCUCCCCGCCUGGCUGCAGAACUACUGUGAGAAAAUCUCCUCUCUGGGGGCGUUUGGCGGGAAAACAGCCAAUCACGUUCUGGUGAACGAGUACAAGCGUGGCGAGGGGAUCAUGCCCCACCAGGACGGCCCGCUGUACCACCCCACCGUCACCACCGUCAGCCUGGGCUCCCACGCCCUGCUGGACUUCUACCGGCCGGUGGGCGGCCCGGACGGCGAGGCGGCGCAGAGCGUGGAGAGCCGGUACCAGUUCUCGCUGCUGGUGCGGCCGCGCAGCCUCCUGGUGCUGCAGGACGACGCGUACCGCCGCCUCCUGCACGGCAUCCAGGAGCGCCAGCAGGACACGCUGACGGAGCGCGUGGCCAACCUGGGCGCCGCCGGGGCCCGGCCCGGCGACACGCUCAGCAGAACCACCAGGGUGUCGCUCACCAUCAGACACGUGCCCAAAGUGAUGAAGACCAAGCUGGUCCUGGGAAGGAAGUGACGGGUCCGACCCGAUGAGGCCCGGCCCAACGCACCCAGAACCGUUCUGGUGCAGAACGAGCCGCCCGUGCGUCUGGUUCUGGUUCUGCAGCAGGAACCUAGAAAUCAUUCCAGUUUAAUUCCAGCUUUAGAUUUUUCUCCCAUCAGCUCAUAACGACGUUUCUGGUCCAAACGGCCCGUUUGAUGAAGAGGAAAUGGAACAUUUUACACGUUCUUCAGCUUUAAAAAGAGAUUUUUGUUCUCGUUUCUGCCAUAAACAAUAAAAUAAACGUCUGAACUCUG